AUUAUAAACAUGGAUUUCCACGAGAGCAGAUAUUAUCAAAGGCGUGCCAGAGGCAGAGGAAGAGGCAGAAGAGGGUACAGAGGGUACCGAGGAGCUCAUAAACACAGCUUCAGACCCUCCACUACUCACAAUUAUGACACAAUUUCAUGCAAAACCCAUCAUGUUGAAGAAAACAGGCUUAUUGAUACAAACCCUGACCAUCAUAAGGGCUGGAAGAAAUAUUCUGCAACUAAGAAAGUUCUGGAUAAGUCCAAAAAAGAAGAGGACAUUAUCAGCAUCCAAAGCGAAACUCUUGGCACGAGGGACCAUAGGCAGGGACAAUAUAAUAAUGAAUGGGAAAGUCAGGAAGAUAAGCUUACUAAUUCCUUAAAGAAAACCAACAGAAAACAGCACAAAAAUAAGAGGAGAAACAUUCUUUCGGAUAAGAACCAUGAAAAGACUAAGGUUAACGAAAAUAUCUCCUUAAAUGCAAGUGAUUUAACUAAGAACUCCCAAAGUGAAGGAUUCGCUAAACCUGAGGACUCUAAGGUAGUUUCACAGAGGAUUUCUAGUCCGAAGAAGAAGGAAAAUGAUACUAAACUGAAGUCUGAGAAGGAUACCAAGGCUAAAUUGUCUAAGAAGCCAACACGUCCUUUUAUUCCUAAAGACCGGAGGUCCUCUAAUAUACUAAGCAGUAGUUAUUUUCAGCUCAAAUUCCAGAUGGAAAGUAAAGAAAUUGCCAAAAGUAUCCGCUGUGAUCUGUUGAAAAACCCAGAUAAGAGCCGUGAAACAGUUGUAAUAGGCCCGUCAGAUACCAUAAUAGGGAUUGAAAUAUCCAAAAUUCUUGAUUCAAUCAUCUCAGAGAUAAAGACUGAUCUUGACUUGGGAUUUGCCUUACAUCUGUAUAUAAAGGAGGUGCUCCAAAACCUAAUUCAAGAGGGAAAGCUAUUCAGAGAAUUCUUGUCCUCCACUUUAAAUUAAUUAUUUCGAAAAAUAAAUUGUAUA